AUGGAGUCUGGGAUCCCGGACGUGGACGAGUGCUCGACUCAGAGAUGCUGUGUCGAAAGAAAGUCCAACCACACUGAGCUGUGGGUGAUCAGUUAUGGAGUGAGCUGUUACCUUCACCAGACCACCGCCGACCAGCUGAGCAAAGGGGGCCCAUUCAACUACUCUAAAAUCCUGACAAAUCAAACUUUUUAUAGGCGCUCUGAAUAUGCGAGACCGGCUGGUUUUCCCUGCGCAGGCCCAGGUGCGAUCGCUAAAGCCAGACCGUGCGCCGUGAACUACUGCAAUACACGAAGUUUGCAAACCAGUCGCCUGCACGGCUCCGAUAGGCCCAGUAAACCCGUCGAAGGCCGAAAGCUGCUUGCACGCGAUGCGGCAGGGUCUGUGGGCAACCGUGCGAGCUGUGAUGCCACUAACGCCGACAAGAGCGACUAA